UACACACUUGUGCUUCAAAACCCCACCUUAUUUCUCCCUCCACCGAUCGCCGCCGUCGCACCGCCCUUUGACGAUUCACAAACACCCAUCAAGUCAACCAUGAGUAAACCCACAAUUCCGUUGAAUUUCCUACUGAUUCUAGCCUUUGCGGCGGUUUUAGUCCCAUCACAGUCCAUAAUUCCGUCGAAAUACGACGGAUUCGUGUAUAAGAAACGGGCGGCGUCGACUGCCACCGUGUUGAUAGAGGCGUUCUACGAUCCGGUUUGCCCCGAUAGCAGGGAUUCGUGGGCUCCACUCAAAAAAGCCGUCGAUCACUACGGCCCCGCCGCCGUCUCUCUCAUCGUUCACACCUUCCCUUUACCAUACCAUGACAAUGCUUUCAUUACUUCCCGAGCUUUGCAUAUCGUCAAUGAGUUAAAUGCUUCGGCUACGUACCGUUUGCUGACCGCGUUUUUUAAGCACCAGACACGUUUUUACAACGCGAAAACGUUGAACAUGUCUCGAUCUGCUGUUCUCGAACAAGUUAUUGGAUUCGCAUCACAGGCUGUCGGGAACUCCUUGGAAUCCGCAAUUAGGUCGGGAUUCAAUGACUCAAAAACUGGUACCAAAACGAGGGUUUCGUUCAAGUAUGGAUGUUCGAGAGGGGUGUAUGGCACGCCUUUCUUCUUUGUGAACGGGUUUUUGUUACCCGUAAACGAUGAUGACACGAUGGACUACGAUGGAUGGAGAAAAGUCAUCGAUCCGCUAAUUACCGAACAACAACACGGGAGGAAGUAAAUCUAUGGGGGUUUUGUUUACUGUCACAAAUAUCCGUAGCUGAGGAACUCUCAAUUAUGGAAGAUUGACGUGACCAACAAUAAAGAUCGAGGAUGAAAAUUGGAAUUAGAAUACGUAUUUCUUAUUUCAUAAACUGAUAGAUGACCAUUGAUUACUGUUGUGCGAGCCCAUGAGGUUGAUAUCAUCAGUAUUAUUUUCUUCUAUCAACUUCUUUGAACAUUCAACAUGACAUACACUGCAAUUAUC